GUGGAGGCAGAUUGUAAAUAAACUGAAUGGAUGUACCACUCAGCAGUUAUCUAAGCGAGUCUGGCGACGAUUAUUACCUAAAUCCCUAUAAUUAUUUUCUCCGGGUGGUGUCGAGUGGAGCUGUCCGGCGUUAUCUACACAGCAGAGGAAGGAAUGAUCUUAAUGUUUAAUAUACAUCUGUGGACGUUGGGUAACGUAGCAAGCUUCAGUGAAGUCAUUCCAGGCCUCUCCUGUUAGACAGACUUGUCUGCUGAAAAAUUCAAUACCAGACAAGCGAGAAAACCUGUUUAUUUCAAGCACAUAUCUACUCAGUAUCUGUAGUGUUGCGCUGUCGCUACGGUCUGCUCGCGAGCUAUCGUUUUUCUGUCACGUCUUUUGGCGCGAGCGUUCGAUUUUUCGUCGCUCGCGGGACACUUCGCGCACCCUUAGAGCAUCAGUGACCGAUGCCACCGGCUCGUCUAACCCAGAUCUCGUAAGAUUUAGCCAAAAGUUCAAAACCAGACCAGGGCUAGUCACCAGCUAGCCAAGACCUACAGCAGUUAGCUUUAACAGGGAACAUUGAUGCAUGGUUUGAAUUACGUUAAUAGUAAAGAUCAAGAACACUAGAGAUGUCGGACACUAGUAAAGAAGUGGUGGAUCUGGUGUGGGGCAGACCCAGCUGCGGGGCUGUGCCUGCCUCUCUCUUCCGCAGGUGGUCUCAAGGCUUUGUCUUCAGCGAAUCAGAGUGCACUGCACUGGAGCAGUUUGAAGGUGGGCCGUGCGCAGUCAUCGCACCCGUGCAGGCUUUCCUGUUGAAGAACAUUCUGUUUAACAACGAAGGCUCAAGCUGGAGGGAUAUCUCAGAGGAAGAGCAGAGGACGGUCCUGUGCUCCACACUCAGUGAGAUCUUGGAGUCAGCCUGCCUCAAUAAGACACUGGCUUUUCACCUGUCUACCUGGCCUCGUGCCAAGACAACCGACAGCACUGACAUCACAGACAGUCAUUCAGAGCCAGAGUCUAGCCAACCGACCGACCAACAAUCUGCUUUGGCUGCUGAAGAGCUUGGCUUUGAGAGAUUUCACAGUGUCAUACAGAAAAGAACUCUCAGAACUGUUGCUGAACUUAGAGAGGCCGUGUUGUCUUUAUAUGACACAUGGAGGAACAAAUUCGGGGUUCUGCUCUUUCUGUACUCGGUCAUACUUACAAAGGGGAUUGAGAACAUAAAGAAUGAGAUCGAAGACGCCUCUGAAUCUCUUAUUGACCCUGUGUUUGGCCAUGGCAGUCAAAGUCUCAUCAAUCUACUGGUGACCGGUCAUGCUGUGUCCAAUGUGUGGGAUGGUGAUAGAGAAUGUUCUGGAAUGAAGCUUCGUGGCAUCCUUCAGCAGGCCUCUGUUGGCUUUCUCACACUAAUGGAGUCAAUGCGCUAUUGCAAGGUUGGCGCGUUUCUUAAGUCUUCAAAGUUCCCUAUUUGGAUCCUUGGCAGCGAGACUCAUCUCUCAGUAUUCUUCACUAAGGAGAUGGCUUUGGUGGCCCCUGAGUCUCCAUCAGAGCAGGCCAGAAGAGUCUUUCAGACCUUUGACCCAGAAGAUAAUGGAUUCAUUCCAGACACGCUGCUUGAAGAUGUUAUGAAAGCUUUGGAUCUUGUGUCUGAGCCAGACUAUGUGAAUCUGAUGAAGAGUAAGUUGGAUCCAGAGGGCUUGGGUGUCAUUCUGUUGGGACAGUUUCUUCUGGAGUUCUUCCCUGAUCAGGAUUCAGCAAUCCCAGACACAUUUCCUGUGUAUCACUAUAACGGCCUGAAGCAGUCCAACCACAAUGAGAAGGUAAGCUAUGUUGAGGGUACCGCUCUGGUCAUGGGUUUUGAGGAUCCUAUGGUACGGACAGACGACACCCCAGUCAAGCGCUGUCUACAAACCAAGUGGCCCUACAUCGAGCUCCUGUGGACCACAGAGAGGUCGCCCUCCCUCAAUUAACCUCUCAUUUUCACCUGCCAUCUUUUGGCUGCACAGCCCUCGAGGAACGCUGAACCCUCAUAAGACUACGCACUCUGCACUACAUUUUGAAGGCCUGAAUGGGAAAAAACACGGGAAUGGCCUGAAGGUAAACUGAGAGACGAUUCUCUUCGCCUGACACGAAUACAAAGGCUCUUAUCUGCUUUAUACACAGCUCAACUGGCUUGUACAUUUGAUUUUUUUUGUAAAUUUACAUUCUGUUUUGUAUACCAAAAGAUUUUGUUUUUGCAGGUAUACCAUAUUUUUUGCCAACAUAACUUUUUGACUAUUUAUCUGAAUGGAUAAAUCACUGAACAACCACACUGACUGUGAUGCUAUUAUGCGUACUUUAUGGAAUUGUUUAUAUAUACAUUUUGAAUGAAAUCCUAUUCAAUGUUUGGAGUUAUGAAUUAUGUAAGGGAUCAUUUGACCAAAGCCUCUGGUGUGAGAUUAAGUUUUUGCGUAUUUAAAAUAAUCAGACGAGGGAUCAACUGGUUCUACAAUGUUGGCCAUGAGCGAAGGUUUGUUUAAACAGGUUUACAGAAAAUGCACUACAACCCCAUGCUGGCCACCAAAAGACAGUAGGAAUGAAAAGGACGAUUUUAUUAUAUAAACUUUAAACCUCCAGGAGGGAUUCUGGAAUGACACUAUGAUUCUCUGCAUGAGAGAGAAUAUUAAAUGCACAGAUAAGCUUUCACGAUUAUUUAUUUUCAUCCUAAUGAUGGUUCACUUAAUAAACACCUUUUGUUCUUCA